AGGCGGAUAUGUCCCGUCAGUUCCUGUUUGGAAAGGGCAAGGACCGGUACUUUGACAAGUCCUUUUCACUCAUUACUCGCCCCGAUGGCCUGUCUGCAGUGAACUUCGAACACGCCUGGGGAGGAUGGUGUUGCUGUGCUGCGUUUCAUCAACGAGGUUUAUGCCGAUGUCAACAACACACCACAGCUGACUGGCACAGCCACAGCCACAAAGCCAACGGAGAUGGAGUUGAAGAUGUCAGAGAAUGUGAAGAAACACAUCACAUCCUCUCAGCAAGACUUCGAGAAGUUGGUAGGUGGCCUGGAGUUCCAGAUCUGUCGCAUGGGCCCAAUGGGUAAAGAUGAGAUCAAAGAGUACGGCGUAGGGGCCGAUGCCGUAUGCCAAUUCGUGCUGCAGUAUGGCUACUACAAAAUGACCGGCAAAUUUGUCCCCACAUAUGAGUCAUGCUCUACCGCGGCUUUCAAACACGGCCGCACCGAAACUGUGCGAUCGAACACCCCCGAAACACAGGCCUGUGUUCUGACAUUCUCUGAUCCCAAUGCCACCCGCGACGAAAAGAUGAAGGCUCUGCAGACAGCUGCGAAGAAACACGGAGAACUUACUAAGAACGCUGCCACAGGCAAGGGAUUCGAUCGUUACAUGUACAUGUUGAAGAAGUUCUCUGAAGACGAGUUGGGUGUUACGCCUGAGCUGUUCACACACGCCGGCGUGUGGAGCCAUAUGAACCACAUCAUUCUGUCUACCUCCACCUUGUCGAGUGAUGCGAUUAAGGCCGGUGGGUUUGGCCCUGUCUGUGCUGAUGGGUUCGGUGUGGGUUACAGUCUGAUUGACGGCUAUAUGGGACUUCAUAUCACCAACUACGAGAAUAAGGCUGAGAAGUUCGCUCAGUGCACUGAGGAAUGCUGGGCCGAAAUUUCCGAAGUAUUGACCAACACUGUUGGCGCCAAAAAGGCAGCCGGUGAAGCCGAAGCCGCAUAAAGUUAUUAAAAAUCGCAAGCUAGAUACAUGGGUGUAAACUUAGUUUAUCUGAAAUACUCAGUGAUAUAUUAUCGAAAUAAAACAAAGUUUAAAUGAA